UGCAGCCAGAUGACCCACAUCUUCGUGUAUGGCACCCUGAAGCGGGGCCAGCCCAACCACAAAGUCAUGCUGGACCAGUCACAUGGCUUAGCCACCUUCCGAGGCCGGGGCUGCACAGUUGAGUCCUUCCCACUGGUGAUUGCGGGCGAGCACAACAUACCUUGGCUGCUGCACCUGCCAGGCACGGGCCAUUGCGUGGCAGGUGAGAUCUAUGAGGUGGAUGAGCAGAUGUUGCGCUUCCUGGAUGACUUCGAAGGCUGCCCCAGCAUGUACCAGCGUACAGCCCUGCAGGUGCGGGUGCUGGAGUGGGAGGGUGCUGGAGGCCCUGGGGACAGUGUUCAGUGCUUCGUGUACAGUACAGCCACCUAUGCACCCGAGUGGCUGUUUCUUCCCUACCAUACAAGCUAUGAUUCUGAGGGCCCACACGGGCUCCGCUACAACCCCCGGGAAAACAGGUGAGGGGCUAGUGCCCCAAAUGCCAACAGGGUGGAGGGAAUUUGGUAGCUGCCUGGCAUAAGCAGAGCUCUCCCAGUUCAAUUAUAAAACAUGUUACGCUAAUCUGAUGUUACUUAAUUCUGCUUCCGUCUUUAGUGGAGGAGCUUGCAUGUACUAGAUGAGAAACACUCUAGGCUGAGUCCCCUAAACGGCAGUUACAGAGUACCUGGUGCUCCUCACUGCUUUUUUUUUUUUUUUUUUUUUAAAUUUGCUUUGCUCUAACCUGAACAUGGAAUCUUCUGAGACUAAAAGGACUGGGCUGCAGUUGUAUCUGAACAGUUUAACAUAUUGAUUCCCAUAUAUAGAACCUAGAAAGAAGUGGUAAGAGAUGCUGAUUUGGGUCAAAUCAGUGUAAAAACAUCAAGAAAAGCAUGUUGUACCUAAACUAUGUGCUCCGUCCACCCCCACCUGCAUUUUCUAAAUCACACAUAAACUAUUAAAAUGGCCAUUAAAAUAAAAGUCUGCUGUUGCUGU